UGUCUAUCACACAAACGUUGAGGCUCCAGUGUCGGUAUCGGCAACGUUUACAAGACUUCAACAAACAAUUUAAGCUCUGUUUUUUUUCUUACUGUGCUUCAUUUCAAUACCGCAAUAUGUCGGAUAAGGUCGCCAGUCAACUCGCGGAUUACAAAAACAAUUCAAAGAAUGACUCUGCGGUAACGACUGCCCAUGGUACACCCAUCGGCGAAAAAGACGCCGUGUUGACCGUGGGACCGCGAGGACCCAUUCUACUCCAAGACAAUGCCUUCGUUGAAGAAAUGGCCCACUUUGACCGCGAACGUAUCCCUGAGCGUGUUGUGCACGCUAAGGGAGCCGGUGCGUUCGGGUACUUUGAAGUAACUCACGACAUCACGAAAUACACAGCAGCCAAAGUAUUUUCGAAUAUUGGCAAAAAAACACCGAUUGCUAUUAGAUUCUCAACGGUCGCUGGCGAAGCCGGUUCAGCUGACACCGUUCGCGAUCCUCGUGGCUUUGCUAUGAAGUUUUACACCGAAGAUGGUAUCUGGGAUCUGGUCGGAAACAAUACACCUAUUUUCUUUAUCCGUGAUCCUAUUCUUUUCCCUCACUUUAUCCACUCACAAAAGAGAAAUCCUCAGACGCACGUCAAAGACGCAAAUAUGUUUUGGGAUUUCGUUACAUUGAGACCGGAGACCACACAUCAGAUUUUGUUCGUCUUCUCGGAUAGAGGUAUUCCGGAUGGACAUCGUCACAUGAACGGCUACGGUUCUCAUACCUUCAAGCUGGUUAAUGCGGAAGGAAAGACGGUGUAUUGCAAAUUCCACCACAAAACAGACCAAGGUAUUAGAAACCUAGAUGUCAAGAAAGCCGACGAGUUGAGCGGUACCAAUCCAGAUUAUGGUAUAAAGGACCUGUACAACGCUAUUGCUACCGGUAAUUACCCUUCAUGGACGACCUACAUUCAAGUUAUGACAAUGGAACAAGCAGCAGCUUCUAAAUUCAAUCCAUUCGAUUUAACUAAAAUUUGGCCCCAAGGCGAUUACCCUCUUAUUCCUGUGGGUAAAUUUGUCCUUAAUCGCAACCCUGAAAAUUACUUUGCUGACGUUGAACAAAUUGCGUUCAGUCCUGCUCAUAUGAUCCCAGGAAUCGAGCCUUCUCCUGAUAAGAUGUUGCUGGGACGUCUGUUCUCUUACGGUGACACGCACAGACAUCGUCUGGGAACUAACUACUUGCAGCUUCCGGUCAACUGCCCCUUCAAAGUUCGCAAUUACCAACGCGAUGGGCCUCAAGCUGUUAGCAACCAAGGUGGUGCGCCCAACUAUCAUCCAAAUAGCUUCAAUGGUCCUGAUGCUGACUCUAGAGCUAAAGCUCUUAGUCCACCGUUUGCGGUUUCUGGGGAAGCUACACGCUACGAUAGCGGAGAAGAAGAUAAUUACAGCCAACCGAGAAUAUUCUAUCAGAAAACACUGGAUCAAGGAGCGAGGGAAAGACUUAUUUCUAAUAUCGUUGGACAUCUAAAGGAUGCCGCCGACUUUAUUCAAGAAAGAGCUAUUAAGAAUUUCUCGCAAGUGGACGCAACAUUGGGUCAGAAAUUGGCUGAAGGACUGAAAACACACAGACGCGCUAAUUUGUAAAGAUGAUAAAUAAUAAACGUAUAAUGUUUAUGGGAAUUUGUUGUAAUUCAAUACUUUUAUGUUAACAGGGGGGGUUAUCUUAAGUACCUAUUUUAUCAUUUUUAUGGUGAGUGUUUUGUUGACAUAAGGAAUAAAGUUUAAUAAGUGGAAUAAUUUUACUGUUGGUCGUAUAGGCAUUGUAACAUAUUUUACAGUUUUAUAAAUAAAACCAUAAACUUACGUAGAAA